UCAGUAGACAAUCUUUCCUCAUUUCGUUAACACACUCACAGCACCUUUAAGCGAACCAAUAAUAAUAUACAGAAGAAUUUCCCCAAAGCAACAAACAGCAACAGUAGCUAAAUGAAAUACCCAAAGAUAAAACGAAUAGAUAUAUAAAUACACAUAAAUUGUUUUCCAUUAUAAAAAGAGCUUGAAUAGAUCCGUGUGUUGUUCGCCGACUAAUAUAUUAACCAACUAUAUUUAAUCAAACCAUAUUAAAUUGAAUUAACUAAAUGUCAACGUGCGUGUCUAGUGCAAAAACCUAAAUUCUUCGUCCUGUUGUUGUGGCUGUCGUCUCCUGAAACUUUAAGCGAAAAUCUCAUUCGAUUGCUGUCUAUAGUAUAAACCAUCAGUUAUUUCAAUACAUGUGUUACAACAAAUUAAAUGAAUUAAAUAUAUAUAUAUAUAUAUAUAUAAAUAUAUGUGUAUAGUUCAAUAACGAAGUUAAAUAUUUUCAAAUCUAGCUUAAAGAGUGCUAUAAGCUAAUGUUUUUGUGUGUGUGUAAAGUGCAAUUGUUAAGCCAUAAUCAUUGAAAAGCACAUGUUUAACUGCAAAGCAAUCAAUAAUUCAAAUAACCUGUAGCUGCAAUAAUAAACAACAAUAUUCAGCAAUGAAAUCGACGAAUGGCUUCAGCAAGUGGCAUAAUUUAUGAAAACAAUACCUUCGUGAACCAUCGCAACCAGCACAAUCCCAUAUCAUUUUGCACACUGGCGUAGGCCAAGAAUCGGGCGGCGGAAAAGAAAAUGUUGCGAUUUCUCAAGAACCGCUAGACACGGCGUCCGCCCAGGCACCGUUAUCGUACCGCCCAUCUAUCUAAAUGUAUAUGCUUAGCUGUAUCUGUAUCCGUAUCUGUAUCUUCGUGUCAAGCUUAGCAUUAAAAUUGUAACAUUUGUGUAUAUUCAUAUGGAUUAGUCAUAAGUCCGGUUAUGCAUAAUAUUUUAUUCACAUGUUCCUUGCAGUGAAUCCGUCUCUGAAUCUAAGUUAAGAUAAUGCUGUGCAAUGAGCGAGUAAAAGCGAAAAGAAAAGUGGGAAAAUGUAGCAUUGUUACGAUGAUUAGCUGAUUUAUUCUAUGGGUGUAUUUUAGCAGCUGUUGUGCAUGUCUCAAAUUAAAAGAUAACCAGCUAGGGAGUAUUUGCCGCGGAACUAACUUCCAAGUAAAGAACAAAGAAAUCAAGGAGCUGCAGGAAAACAUAAGAAGAUCAAAAGAAAUUCAAAACAAAAUAAUAUGAUAUAUGUAUAUGUGUGAGUUUAGAAUUUAGAUGCUUUUUGAUACCCCAAACGGACAUUAGCUAGGCGAAUGGCAAAAUAUGCAUUGAAAAUUUUAUAGAAAACAACGCAAACUUAGGCAAAACAUACAUAUAUAUAUAUUUAAACCAAAUACUUUGUUUAAAUGGUCAUAAUCCCACAAGGAAAUCAAGCACAGCUCCAACUAAAACAUGUCGAUGGAUACACCCAGACAAUACGCCCAAAAGUAUGCAAUUUGAUUGUGCAGAUAGAAUAUUUUUUAAAUGUUUAUAAGCAGAGAUUGAACUAUUUGUAAAACAUAUUUUAAUAGACACCGAAAACCAAAGAACAAACUUUUUGAAACAUAUUUUUUAUAUACAAACAAGACGACGAAAAAGUUGAACACUGCGAAUAUGCACAAAACAUAUAUAUUUCGGAUAACCCUAGCCUAAGUUAAACAUUUGUACAAUUUUCAUUUCGGAUACAUACACAUACACAUACAUUUACUUUCGAUGGUUUCACGACAACUUAUUUUAGGCCUGGCAUACAAACAUUCGGUUAAAGCUUAAGCAAGUAAUCCAAAGUACAAUCAUUUAUGUCAAACGGGACAACACCACAGCACACCAGAUAUAUUGGGCAAGGAUAAUUCUGAUAAUUCUGAAAUAGAAAUACAAAGCGAUAAGGUUGAACAGUCGUUUUUACAGGGACAAACGAGAUCGAAACACUUUUUGCUAACAAUUUUUUAAAAUUCGUUUUACACACUCGCUUUAUAAGAUUGCUAGGCGAUUUCAGGAUAGACCGCUAAAAAUACAACAGCAGCAUAGUUUUCAAACUGAAGAGAAACGGUUAAUGGAAAAAAAAUUGAAAGGAAGAUAUUAAAGAUAUUUAAUAUUAAUUAUUUAGACUAAACUUGAGCUUAGGUCCGUCGACAAAACCACUCCAAAACCGAAUGUAAUACCCUGUACUUAGUGUGUAACUAGAGGUGAAGCUUCCCAAACCCGAACCCAAAACCCAAACCCGUAACCGUAUCCAAAUCCGAAGUCCCUCCCCUCGAUCAAGAUGUAUGCAGCUGCUGGUGGCGCCUCGCUGGCUUCGCGCCAGGCGCGGCAGCGCCAACGACAGCAGAAGAAGACGCAACAGCUCCAGGCGAAACUGCAUCCACCGAAGGCGGCCGGAUUGGCAUCCGAUCAUGCCGCCGAGGGCGCAUCCACGCCCACUCGCAGCCAGUCGCGCCAGUUCCAUCAGCUGCCCCAGAACUAUCUGCGUGCCCCGCAGCCGCAUGGACGGAAACUCAGCGCCACCUAUACGACGCAAUCGAAGCUCCUACUGCCAAUCGAGGAGGGUGACACGCAGUCGGUGUCGCAGCUGCGCAUGCACUCGCACGCUCAUUCCCAUGGCCACGCCUACGCGCACUCCCACUCCCAUUCCCAUGGACCCGCCCACGCCGCACCCGCUCCGCUUAGUCAUCAUGGGCAAACGCCCUACCAGCAGUUCGCCUCAUCCCACGGACGCGUCUCACCGAAACUGGUGCACCGGCACUCCGGCAGCAGCAGCAGUGCCGGCUUCCAUCCGGUCAUCUCUGCCGGACAGCUGCACAAAUCCGCAACGGCCACGCUGCCGCUGGUCUCGCAUAUGGAAGCGGAGGCGAUGGCGGUGUCGCCAUCGGCGGUGGCCGGCGUUAAAACGACAGUGACCUCGUUGGAGACAGCCACGCCCACGUCUCCGCCGCUGGCCAGCACAUCCGCUGCCGCUGCAGCCGCAAUGGCGGCCGAGGCGGAGGCAGAGUUAGCUGGCGCCGGCGCCAUGUUUGUUCCCCACCAUGAUGCCAUCAUUGUAACGCCGGCCACGCCCAUGGCCUCGCCCGGCCACGUGGCCAAGCUGCGGCGUCCCGGGCCCGAGGAGCUGCUCUUCGACUCCUCCGCCGAACGACAGCCGCUGACCGCCGACGAGACCCUGGACGACGAGGAUGAGCCAAUGCAUCCGCCGGCGCCGGGUCAGCUGGAGCGUAAGUGCAGCGUGUACAGGAUGCGCAGGAGCGACGCCUUCGAGCAGGACACUGGCGGCGCCAGUGGUGGUGUUGGUGGUGCAGGCAGUGGUCUCAAGCGGCAGCUAAGGGAGCUGCAGUUCAGCACCGGAGUCCAGCAGACGCAGUACGAACCACUGCUUGCCGAUGAACCGCAGCUGAUCUUCAAAGGAUUGGGGGUCAAUGGGCGCAAGAUGCAGAUAUGCGCCUACUGCGAGGAGGGCAUCUGCGUGUGCGAACACCUCGAGUGCGCCCAAGGACGUGCCGCCUGGUUGGAGCGGGGUCGACGCUGCAGCGUCCAGGAUCAGCAACAGCAGCAGGCCACCUGCCACCGACGCUGGGUGAAGCGCAACCGAAUCCAAGACGCCUCUUUGGGCGGCUCAUCGGACGAUGAGGAUUUCCUGGGCGUUCUGCGGGGUCCUAGCACCUUUGCGAAUGCCUUUCUCUACGUGGGCCUGGGCACGGUGGCACUGGGACUCGUCAUCGCGUUCGUUGGCACCGGCGAGAAGGGCUUCAAAACCACGGAACUAAGACUUAUAGGCCCCUCUCUCAUAGGAUUGGGCCUGAUCUGUUGCAUUUUACGCAUCCUCUUCUGCAUCUGUCCAUCGCACUGCAUUUCAUCUAGCAAAAAGACGCGGAAGAAAAACGGCAACAAGAUUGAUGCAGAUCACACGACAUCGUUGCUCAGAAACGAGAGCAAAAGAGUAUCUAUAGCGAGAGGUCCUAGUUUUCAGCCCAAAUAUCCCAUAGCGCACAAACGCAGCCAGAGCAAAAUGCUCAACGAGGGAAUGGAGGCACUGCGUCAGAUAGCCACCACAUCCUUGUUCAUGCAGAACGAGCAGAAGACGGCCAUCAAUCGCGUGGUGCCGAUCAUCAAUGAGCCGGAAAGCGGUGAUGCUCCACUGGAGAUGAAGAAGCUGCAGACGGCUCUGAAUGCCUGCGAGAUGAGUGACGAUGAGCAGGAUCAGGACCAGGAUCAGCAGAAGCAGCAGCAGCAGCAGCAGCAGCAGAUUGCCAAACGUACAACAGCCACAACUGCCGUUACGAGUAGUACCACCAAAGACCCAACAUCAACAGCAGCCACAUCGAGGAUAACGAGAGCCACUACCCUGAGCACGGUUGACGAAAAGCCGGACAGCAAGCUGGUGCGUCAGCGGGUGGCACUGCAGCAGCAACGCCAACAGCAACAGCAGCAGCAGCAGCAGGAUCAGCAACAUGUACCGAAGUCGCAGUCAUUGUCCUCCUCCUCCACGGUCAAAGAUUCGCUGGAGGUGGUGGAGGAGACAUCCCUGAUAGAUGCCAGCAACGAGACCACAACACCUGUUGCAACAACAGCCGCUUCAUCAAGUGCUCCCAUGCCCAGCAGUUGCAGUACGGGUGCGAUACCUCGGCUUAAUAGGCCGGGCAUCUCGACGGGAGCCACGCCCAAAACGACGACCACGACGACGACGCCCACCAUUACGGCACGGCUGCCCACGUCGCAGUCGCAUCCGACGAGCUAUGACCUGCCACCGGCCCUGCCGCACACCUAUUCCGCAACGGCGACGGUACGCGGACCACUGGGCAUGUCCAUGAGCAGCUCCACUUCCGGCAAGGGAAUGGGAACUGCCUUCACAUUGCCGCCCACCACGACAGCGAUUAGUCUGCUGCCGCUGCCGGCGCCUUCGACGGUGGCCACCGCCUCAUCCACCAGCACAACGAUAGCCAGUAUUCCCGGCCAGGUGCUGGACACAAGCGGAGUAACGAGUCUGAGUCUGAGCCUAAUGCGACCGGCCACCGCAUCCGGUGUGGUACUGAGCGGAUUGACCACCUCAUCGUUCACCACCGGCACGGAUCAUCAAAAAUCACAUCCGUCAUCCGCCGGUUCGGUGAUGGGGCGUGGCAGUAGCCUACUCCUUUCGCCUCCCACAGCGGCAGCGGCGUCGUCGUCCUCGUCGUCGAGCAAAUUCGAGCCAGAAUUGGUGCUCAGUCCGGCUAACCUUGGCCAGUAGAAUUAAAUGGGAUUUAGUUACGUUUUUAGUUAGCCACCAGGUCUAUAUAUAUGUAUAUGUCUAGGUUCUAGAAGCGCGUGUGCAUGUGCAACAGGAUGAGUGUCUGCGUGUGUGGUGAGCUGUGUGUGAGUGAUGGUGAAUGGUUAAGAUCGACUAGAGUUUAGAUACCUAUGUACCCUAAAACUAUCUUUUGAAUGUGCCACAGGAACCACUAAGAGAAACGAAUACACCCCUUAACUGAAUCUCUACCAAGAAGUCAUGUUCUGAAACAUAAAUCAAGUAAAUUAUAUUUAAAACAAAAGCUACAAUUAGGUACAUCAAUUGGCUAAACUUUAAUCAUCAAUCAAUAAGACUCUAUAAUUACCAAUCAGAACAUGUCGCUAUUAUUUCCAUUCAACUCCGCAACUCGCUUUCAGUGUCUAAUCGAGUAUAUUUCCCGAGGCUUAACUCCUCUAUUCUUCGCAAGCCACUUGAUUUCCCUGCCCAUCUUUUGGAUGUAUCAUCCAAUCUAUAGCUAACGAAUAUUUUCCCAACAUUCUAGAUCUGUGUGUCAGGCUUUAGGUGGCAUAUUAUACGCCCGUGCUCAGCAAAAUGUUGCCAACCUGCGCUGUUCGAAGCUAUCCCAAAUUGAAAACAAAAACUAAAAACAUAGCCAGGGUAUUAUAAAGUUUGUAUACCAAACAUAUCGUUAACUAAAUACACAAACGAACAAUUUAAAAAAGAAAACCAAUUAUAAUAUGAAACAAAGAAAGGUAAACUUGGAGCGUCGUCCUAAUUAAUAAAAACUAAUAUAAACAAACUAAAAACCCAAUUAGAUAUGUACGAAUAAAGUUUGGGGUAUAAAACUAAAUGGAAAGAAGCGCAAACAUUAGUAUCUGGUAAAUGUGCGGGUGUUUUCAAAAAAUACAAAUAAACCCAAACAGUUUAAAAAGUAUUAUGCAAUCGCUGGAGAGCUCUCCAAAACAUACAAAAUAAGAAUUCUCAAAUUCUGCGAAACUCUGUAAAGACUUUAAUUCGAUUCCAAAGCAAAACUGAAACUAUUCCCGAUAUUUGUAAUAUCUUUCCGUUUCGACAGCACUUUUUGAAGCUAUUGCUAAAUUUCAAAGAAUAUAAUUGCUUGCUGUUUCAACCCAAAGAAAAGUGAGCCGAGUAAUAAUUAAAACGAACAUAAAACCGAAUACAAUAGAAUCGAAUGUGGCCGUUAAAUUAUAAAAGAAGCGAAAAUAAUUAAAGGUAACAUCCCAGAAACUAAAUGUGUAAAAUGCAUGUACAGCAAACAAAGCAGCAGCAAGAUAUAGAAAAUAAUAAACAAACUUUAUGAAUUAGUAUGUAUGUAUACUAUAUGUGCAGAAAUAAAAAUGAAAUAUAUAAG